GUCUGGUUUAACUGUGGGACUUGCUCUCAAGCUGUCCUUAAGAUAGGUCAUUGGUCAGGAAAGAAAACAAAGUUAUGAGUGAUGGAUGAACGAUGCAAAACGUCAGAGAAACUGUUACUGUAUUGUUAACAUACAGUAAGAUUUCCAUUAUAGUUAUUGACAGUUAAAUGGUCAAUACAAAACAUCCAUAUAUUAUUUAAGAAGCUAAUCUGAAUGCUGUACUUGUACUAAAUUCUGCCUUUGCUUUCAGUUUAAUUACCACAGAGACCUGGCACUCGCAGCUCGGUUGUUUCACUGAUACUUGAUCGCAGGAAGAAGCGGUAUCAGUAUCUAAACACUCGUCCAGUGUGGAAAUUCUGGCCCCCGGCUCUGGAUUGGUCAAGCGCUGGCUCUCAUAGUGCUCCUAUAGUCUGUCAGCUCUCACUACUAAUAUGAGAGUGCGCGCGUCUUCGACUUUUCCGAAUCACACCAAUGACGAGUGAACGCGCAGACGGAAUCUUUAACGAAUUUCGAACCACUGAGGGCUGAGUUUAUUUAUUUUUCUGAGGGGUUGCCUUUUCUUCUUUGUUCAUGGGAUUUCCUGCUUGUUUUAUUUUUGUUAUUCAGUCAUUCGAGAGGUUGUCAACUCUGAUGGGAAUGCAGUGGAAUACUAAAUGUUAUAGAAAGACGGGCCAUCAACACAUGGAACGAGGACUGGACCAUCACAUCUAACACCACGACAUGGGAUCAUAAUGGAUUUUAAAAUUCUCAUCAAUUUUAUUUAAUACCAGAUCUCUCUGAAAAGUCUAAGGAGGAAUGUCUGUAGAUACUUUAUAGAGACCUCAUUUUUAAUUGGCGAUUCAACAAUCUGGAACGUAUUUAACAAAGUAACACUUGAUCAUUAGUCUUCUGGUAAGGCUGAUACUAGGGCUCGUGAGGUGGCUGCUGCUCGGAGCUGCAGCUAUGGACAUUGAGGCGAGGCAUCGUGCUUUCUCCCCAGCAACCUCACCAUGCUGAACGAUGUUUUCGACGUGUUGUACAUGAUUCUGGAGCUGCUGAUUGCCCUGCUCUCAAUCUUGGGCAACGUGUUGGUCUGCUGGGCAGUGGGCCUCAACAGCAACCUCCAGAGCAUCACCAACUUCUUUGUUGUUUCGCUGGCUGUGGCGGACAUCGCGGUGGGUGUGCUGGCCAUUCCCUUCUCCAUCGUGAUCAGCACCGGUUUCUGUGCCAAUUUCUACGGUUGUCUGUUCAUCGCCUGCUUCGUCCUAGUGCUGACCCAGAGCUCCAUAUUUAGUCUUCUGGCCAUUGCCAUUGACCGCUACAUUGCUAUCAAGAUCCCGCUAAGAUACAACAGCCUAGUAACCGGGCAGCGUGCCAGAGGCAUCAUAGCGUUCUGCUGGGUUCUGUCGGUCAUCAUCGGUCUAACGCCCAUGCUAGGCUGGCACAAAGCCCGCUCAAAAGAGACCCUCAACAGCACCUGCCCGCCCGGCAUGAUGGAGUGUUUAUUCGAGCAGGUGGUGGUCAUGGACUACAUGGUCUACUUCAACUUCUUCGCCUGCGUGCUGGUGCCUUUGCUCCUCAUGCUGGCCAUUUACCUGCGGAUCUUCAUGGCCGCGCGCCACCAACUCAAAUGCAUUGAGUCCAAAGCCGUGCCGUGCGAGCUCAAGUCUCGGUCCACCCUGCAGAAAGAAGUCCAUGCUGCAAAAUCUCUAGCGAUCAUCGUCGGCCUGUUCGCGGUUUGCUGGUUGCCCCUACACAUCAUUAACUGUUUUACUCUGUUUUGUCCGCUGUGUGAACGGCCGCCGGCUUUGAUCAUGUACCUGGCUAUCAUUCUCUCGCACGCAAACUCAGUCGUAAACCCGUUCAUUUACGCCUACCGCAUACGAGAGUUCAGACACACCUUUCGGAAGAUCGUACGCUAUCACAUCUUGGGCCGACGAGAGCCUCUUUCUUGCAACGGGAGCACCCGUACCUCAGCCCGAACCAGUGUGGCAGAUUCGCUUCGGAUUAAAGUCAACGGCCUGGUGCGAGACCUCUACACCGAGCAGAGCAGCACCACCAGCAGCUGUGAAAGUGCCGAACCUGGUCUCUCACACAGACCUGUUACUAUGGAAAGCUCCGUAUUAGACAACCAGCCUAUGGAACUCACUAAUUCGCACAGACAUUUGGGAUCGAGGCAUCCAGAGUCGCCGCUCACUGUGAAUAAUGAGGGCGUUGCAUGUAGGAAACAUGCCGUUUUUGACAUUACGGAUGGGAAGGAUGCGUCCUCGCCGCUUCACGUUAAAUCAGCUCUGUACCUGCAAACAGCCCACUGUGUUGAACUCACAGAGGUUUCCUGAUAAAUUAUACACUCUGAAUGAUGGAUUCUAAUUAUUUAUUUGCUGCUUCGAAAGAAUGAUGGGCUCAAAUAUGACAUACGAAAGACAUAUUUUUGCUUCUUUAAGGACUUGAUGUUGAUGUGGACCUGUAGCAGCUCAGAACUGAGUGUGUACAGUUUGAUAUUGUAAUGACUAUAAUGAUAAUGUAAACAUAUUAAAGAGCAACAAAAAUGA